UUCAGCCAGUGAUAAUUAUGUGAUCUAUUUAAAACGAGUAUUGUAGUCGAGCUCUAACAAGCCGGCCGUGUCGCUUUAACCAGAACCCAUGGAGCACAAGCGCGAAAUUCCGCAGUGCGAGGUCUGCCAGAAACCUGCCAAUCAGACCUGCGGAGGAUGCAAGCUCGUCUACUACUGCUCAAGGGCCCACCAAAAACUGGGAUGGAGAGAAGGCCACAAGUUCAAAUGCUGCGCUUUCAAGAUCCAAUACUCCGACACCAUCGGACGACACAUGGUUGCAACCCGAGAUAUCGAACCAGGAGAAAUGAUUUUAAAAGAAAAACCCGCAUUAAUCGGCCCCAAGAUGUCCUCACCAGCACACUGCUUGGCUUGCGGAAAGAAGCUAGAGCCAAUGAAAAUCGGAGACAAACUUGAUUUCUAUAAAUGUACGUCUUGCUUAUGGCCCAUGUGCAACCAGAAGUGCGAGAAAGCUGCAGUACAUAAGGCAGAAUGCAAAAUCAUGACUGAAAAGAAUUAUAAGUGCUCUAUUAAAUAUGAACAGCCGGACAAAAAUGAAGCAGCAUACUGUGUUAUUGCACCGAUGAGAGUCUUAUUGAUGAAACAGUCGAAUCCUCAGCAAUUUGAAAAUAUUAUCAAUCUGCAGUCUCAUUUAGACGAGAGGAUACGUACGCCGUUGUACUCAAUUCUCAAAGCUAAUCUCAGUACAUUCAUAAUACAAGUUCUCGGACUUGAUUUCGACGAGGAAACUAUUCUGAAAGUGGCUUCAAUCAUUGAUACAAACUCGUUCGAUGUCAGAUCUCCUGACGGAUCGAAAAGGUUACGGGCUAUUUAUGUCACAGCCUCAAUGUUGAACCAUAGCUGCAAACCGAAUACUCGUCACAUUUAUUUGGGCGACGAUUAUAAUAUGGCCCUUAUUGCAACUGUGCCAAUUUCUAAAGGUGAACCUAUAACUGCAACGUAUACACAGUCACUAUGGGGUACCUUGGAUAGGCGGAGACAUCUAAAAAUAAACAAAUGUUUUGAUUGUGACUGCGACAGGUGUAGGGACCCAACCGAAUUUGGAACUAAUCUAGGGAACAUAUACUGUUCAGUUUGCAAUUUAGGGGGAGCAGCAAAUGGGGCUAUGUUGAUGUCAACAAAUCCUUUGGACGAAACGGCAAAUUGGAAAUGCGAGAAGUGUGACCAUUUUAUUCUGAGCAAGCAGAUGUUUUGGGGAAACAAUGCUCUGAAACAAGACCUAAAUAAGCUCGAUAGGAAUGGCCCCAAGGAGUUUGAAGAAUUCAUUAUGAAAUACAGUCAGACACUUCAUCCUUCAAAUCAUUUAGUAGUGCAAGCAAAGUUAGCCUUGAUUCAGAUUUAUGGAAAUUACAAAGGAUACAGCUUAUCAGAUUUAUCAGACAACCUACUGCAGCGGAAAAUAGACCUAUGUCAUGAACUUUUGGAAAUUGCCGAUAAAAUUGAACCGGGAUGGACGCGGUUCAGAGGCACCCUUCUCCUAGAUUUACAAUCGGCUAUGACUAUCCAGACAAAGAGAGAAUUUGAAACUGAGAAGUUGACUAAAGCUGCUGCCCAGGAUCGUUUAAUGGAAUGUAUGGUUCUACUGCAAGAAGCUGCAAAUAUUCUUCGAGUGGAGCCCCACAUGAAAGACGCCCUAGAAGCAAAGAUACAAGAGCUGGCCAGUCAACUAGAAGUUACUGAUACUGAAAAUGGAUCUGUACGGCUACCAUGAGUUCCGUAAAUGACAG